GGAGUUCAGAUGUUUUGGACCCAUUAGAUUGGGCAAUUCCAGACAUCAUCCGGGGUGGAUAUGUGGUAUGUGGGAAUACUGACCAUCUGGAGGUUGUUGCCAUUCUGGAAAUGUUUGCCACACGGCUUGCAGUAAUUCUGGUAAUGGCCUUUAGCCUACAUGUGUUGCUCGGCGGCUAUCUCGGUAUGAAACUUGAUGGAACAAAUCUCGCAAGGAGACCUUGGUGCCCAAUGAUUCAAGGAAUUCAUAUGCUGUUGGACUGCGUGUAUGGAACGGAAUACACGCGUGCAAGUGUCACAUUCAUACCGUGGUCCAAAGUGACUCGUAUCGUUCAUGUGUUGCUCGCAGGAGCGGGCACUGUAGAACUCUUUGGUGCAAGUCUCGCACUCAUACAUCCUGGUGAUGUGAUGAUACCAGAGUGAUUGUGACGUAGAUGAAAAAAUUGGUUGACAACUAUGAACAACAAAAGGAUGAUCAAUUCAUCUGGGUGGCCAUCUCUGACUUCGUGAUAUAUCCCUUCCAAGCCCUUGGGACGCAACAAACGGGACGGCGCUAUGCAGGCCGUGGGGGUAC